AUGCCGCCCCUCCGCCCGGCCAACCCCCGCAGCCUGAGUAACGCUCUGGCGGCCCUGCGCGCCCAGGAGGAGCAGGAGACGUUGCUCGGAGAUGACGACGAACGCGUCGACCCGACCGCCAACACCACCGCCAACACCACCACCACCACCACCGUCAACCACGAGGAGAUUUUCGCCUCGGACCCGCACAAGGAUCUGCCCGUUUACACCACCAUCCAGCGCAUCCGUCGCUUGAUACUCGCCAGCAUAGAUGACCCCUACACCCUGGCCCAGCUGCGCGAUCCGCGCAUGAACGCCCUGAUCGUCAGGCCCCUCGUCGAGCGUCUAUACGAUCCCAAGGAUUGCUCUAUAGUCUACUGUCUGCUCGUGAAUCGUGUGCAAUUCUUGCAUGAACAAGUCUACCAGGCACACCACCAUCAGACCGUCAACACCACCCGUGCUCUUCUUUGCGAAAUUGUUGCGAGCAAGAUCUUGAGACGCUUCGAUGAAGAAAACCUCGGGCGUCCCGGUCUGCUCUUCCUUUCCAACGUCCUAGUCGCUGGUUUCGAGCCGUUCCAAAAUGCACCUGAAGAGGUCUUGCGGGAGCACCGCCAGACCUUCGACUGGGCCGAUUUGCAGAAGCGUGGCGGUUAUGAAGGCAAGUUCACCGCGCUGGAAAUCGCCAUCAUCUCGGAGAGCAAACACUUCAUGAGCAGCUCCGCGUGUCAAAAGGUCGUCGAUGCCGUGUACCGUGGCCGCGUCGUGUAUACUCCCAUUGCCUUCCUGGACAUCAUCCCAGACCACUACAAGCACAAGCCGGUGAGCCUUUACGACCCACGGCAGGGGCCCAUGUUCAACCAUUACCGGCUCAUCGUGCCUCGGACACGGAACAUCAUCGACAUUGUCCAGUUCAUCAUCCUGAUUGUCUUAUAUGCAAUCACCAUGACCGCGAGGGACCACACCCAGUGGACAGGAUGCGAGUUGACAUUCGCCAUCUACGCAUUGGGUUGGUGUAUCGAUGAAGUUGCCACGAUCCUGGAACAUGGAUGGAAGGUGUACACGCAAAACCUCUGGUCGUUCCUGGACAUUACCUUUGUUGUUAUAUACGUGGGUUACCUGUCGCUCCGUCUUCACGGUUGGAGAACGGGUGAAUUGGAGCUGGGAAGACAAGCUUUCGAUGUCUUAUCCACGGCAGGCCCAGUGUUGCUGCCACGCCUGGCUUUCAAUCUUCUGCCGGAAAACAUGCUGUUCAUCUCGUUACGUGCCAUGAUGGGCCAAUUCAUGUAUCUGACACUCAUCGCUGUCUGGUGUUUUGCAGGAUUCCUACUGUCCCUUCGAUGGCUUGCCUUUGGACGCGCCGAUGGUCCGGACAACUCAAACCCCAUCACCAUAUCGAAGUGGAUGCUGUGGGUAUGGUUCGGUCUCGACGCGACGGGCAUUCAGGAGGCGCCGACUUUCCACCGUUAUCUCGGCCCCACGUUGAUGGUGCUCUUUGCCUUCUUCGGAAAUACGCUCUUUCUCACCAUCCUGGUUGCUAUUCUCAGUGACACCUUCUCCAAGAUCGCCGCCGACGCGACGGCCGAGGUCCAGUUCCGGCGCGCAGUGCUCACCUUUGAGGGCGUCAAGAGCGACGCCCUCUUCGCCUACAGACCACCCCUGAACGUGCUCGCGCUCAUGAUUCUCGUGCCGCUCAAAUUCGUCCUCACGCCGCGCUGGUUCCACAAGAUUAACGUGGCCGCGAUCCGCAUCUCGAAUGCCCCCAUCCUGCUGGCCGUGGGUCUUUACGAGCGGCACCACCUGUGGAAGACGAAGCGGCGGCACCGCCGGGGCGCCGCGCCGGGCAUGCGGCCACGCAAGUUCAGCAUCUGGAACUGGUCGCGGUUCAGUGUGCAUGGCGACAUCCAAGCCGUGUUCGAGACGGAGUUGCCGCAGGCGGUGCUCGAGACGAUUGAGGAGCGUGACGAGCUCGAGGAGGACGCCUGGGCUGCUGCGCACACUGGCUUCACGGGCACUGGGGCUGGGGGCGGGCUGUUUCGCGAUCAUGCCAGCCCGCAGGUCAGUCCGCAGACGGGGCCGGUGCGGAGGCGCUUCUCGAGCAUCAUUCACCCGGAUAUGAUGUGA